AUGGGACAGACCACAUCGAAGGAGAAUAACUCGAAGGUAUUCCAACCUCAGACCCCUGUCGAGGUUAGUGGGCGUUUGUCGAACUCGAUCCAGUCUAACCCCGAGACUGAUUUCACCCGCAACCAGCGCACAAACAAGUACAUAGAGGACAAGGUUGCCGAGCGCAUGUACCAAGCUCGGAUUGACGCAGAGGCCGAGCUGGAGCAGGCCAAGCAGAAGAUCAAGGAAAUCGACGAGGGACGUAUUGCCAAGACCGACAGCAAAAAAAUUAAGGACCAACUAGAAAAAUUGCACAACGAGCUGUCGUCUCGGCCCAAGAAGGGUGCUCUUAACAAGGCGAGCGAGACUGCGCGGGCCAAACUCAUUGAGUGCUUUGAGAAGAACAAGAACCGGCCACUGAACUGCCGGGCUGAGUAUGACGAUUUCCAUGCUCAGGUCAAGCGGAUGGAGGAGAUUCUUGAGUUGUAAUACACAAAACAAAAAAACAAAGCUGUGCGCAGAAUCACUCCCGUCCUGAACUCUUUGUAGUAAAUCCUAUCUGUCUUUGAAUAACUAAUGCUACUGCUUUUAUCGCAAAUGCUAAUGCUAAACCGCGACAGGGACUUUUCACUUGGAGGGUGGGGCGCGCAUAGUCAAAGAGCCUCCGCUAUAUUCAAUUUGGAUACACCGUGGAAUACAAACUAAAAUACUGCGAAAUAGAUAAAUUUCAACGUCCCUUCCGAAUAGAAAAG